CUUCCCGGCCUCGCAGUCUCCUCCCCUCAUUUGGUUCCUUCUUAACAUUCCUCUGCUGUGCAGCAGAGCUCUUUCGUCUCAGACUUGUUACGUUUACUCUGCGCCGGAAGAAGAACCUGAGAACGCUUUUCGAACUAUGGCGGCGGUGGAUAUCCGAGAUAAUCUGCUGGGAAUCUCUUGGGUUGACAGUUCCUGGAUCCCUAUUUUGAACAGUGGAAGUGUCCUGGAUUACUUUUCAGAAAGAAGUAAUCCUUUUUAUGACAGGACAUGUAAUAAUGAAGUGGUCAAAAUGCAGAGGCUAACAUUAGAACACUUAAAUCAGAUGGUUGGAGUGGAAUACAUCCUUUUACAUGCUCAAGAGCCCAUUCUUUUUAUCAUUCGGAAGCAACAGCGGCAGUCCCCUACUCAAGUUAUCCCACUGGCUGAUUACUAUAUUAUUGCCGGAGUGAUCUAUCAGGCACCAGACUUGGGAUCAGUUAUAAACUCUAGAGUGCUUACUGCGGUACAUGGCAUUCAGUCAGCUUUUGAUGAAGCUAUGUCAUACUGUCGAUAUCAUCCUUCCAAAGGGUAUUGGUGGCACUUCAAAGAUCAUGAAGAGCAAGAUAAAGUCAAACCUAAAGUCAAAAGGAAAGAAGAACCAAGCUCUAUUUUCCAGAGACAGCGUGUGGAUGCUUUACUCCUAGACCUUAGACAAAAAUUUCCACCCAAAUUUGUGCAGCAAAAGUCUGGAGAAAAGCCUGUCCCAGUGGAUCAGACAAAGAAAGAGGCAGAACCUAUACCAGAAACUGUAAAAUCUGAGGAGAAGGAGACCACAAAGAACGUUCAACAGACUGUGGGCACUAAAGGCCCCCCUGAAAAACGAAUGAGACUUCAGUGAGUAUUGGACGAGAGAGAUGCUUGCAAGACUCCUCUUGUCCAUAUUUUACCUCAUUACUGUGACAGGCUCUUGAACUUUAAAAUUCUUUGUCACAAUCAUUUGUAUAGAAUGUGCUUGUUCUUUGAGAAAGGAUGUAACGAUGCUCAUGCUUUCAGUCUGAAUAUUUUUAAUGUACCUUUUGUAACCUGUUCCCUACUGGACUUGAGCAGCUUCCUCCCUCACAUGUUUACUGUGAUAUAUGUUUAAAGAUUAAAUAAAGGUAUUUGUAUAAAUUA